AUGGCGUUCCCCUACAAACAUUUCUUGGUUGUCGGCGCGACAGCUGGAAUCGGCAAGGCCCUCGCGGCCCGCCUAGUGGAGUCGGGAGCUAAAGUCACCGUUGUGGGUCGGCGGCAGGAGCGUCUGGAUGAGUUUGUACAGACUGUUGGGGCCGAACAUGCAAAAGGCGAGCGGUUCGACAUUGGAGAGCUGGCCCAGAUUCCGGAUUUUGUCGAAAGGGUGAUGAAGGAAUCGCCAGAUAUUGAUUCCAUUGUGCUUAAUGCAGGAGUGCAAAACACGUACGAUCUGGCGGAUCUUGACAAGUUCAAUCUGCCCGCGUUCCUUGAGGAAGUGAAGAUCAACUUUUCCAGCUUCGUCUCUCUGACCCAUGCUUUUUUGCCCUAUCUUCAGAAGAACCCGGACCCAACUAGUUUCAUCUUUACCGGCUCGAACUUGGCCAUCGUUCCCGCCGCCUCACUUCCGGCAUACUCAGCAUCGAAGGCAGCCCUGAACGUCUUUACUCUCUGUCUGCGGGAGCAGCUGCGGCACUCGAACACCAAAGUGAUCGAGAUUUCCCCUCCACCGGUCCAGACGGAAUUGCACGAUUACAUGGGCGAGGAAGCGGGUCGCCAGUUGGGGAUGCCCCUGGACACAUUCACGGAGCAGGUUUAUCAGGGGCUGGCCGAGGGCAGCGAUCAGAUUGUAAUUGGCAGUAUUGGGCCAGCAGAUACAUUUAACGGGAUCGUGAACAACCGUCGCAGUGCCUUCGAGAAUCUCUCCAAGAUAAUGCGUGGUGGGAAGCCCUAG